AUGCAGCUGGAGCAUUGUCUGUCGCCUCCGUCGAUGAUGCUCUCCAAGAAAUUUCUCCAUGUGAGCGGCGGUGGCGGCGCUUACGCGUCGGGCGGAUCCGAGCUUGCCUUGCACGAGCAUCCUCACCAUCACCAUCCGCACCACCACCAUCCCGCCGCCGCCGCCAUCCUGUCGUCGAGCGCUGACAACCUGGAGAGGAGUUCACCUCUGAAAAAACUCGCCAGGGGGGGGAUGACGAAUCAGGCCGAGGCAGACAAUUUCUCUGACUCCAAAGACCCGCCAGGGGACGCGCAACAGCAGCCACCGCCACAGCAGCCUCAGCCUCCGCAGCAGCAGCAACAGCGCGCCAAACUCUCGCCCGUCGUCUUGGACGGCGGCGGCGGCGGUGGCGCCGCGGAGCAGUUGCGCCCCUCCUUCGAUGGAGCGGCCGCGGCUGCGGCAGCGGCAGCAGCAGCAGCAGCAGCGGCGGCGGCGGCCGCGGCCGAUCGCUACCUGCUCUCGUCGCCCUCGGCCGCAGCCGCGUCCAGCGCGCCUCCGGCCGCCGCGUCGGCUCCCCCGACGGCCGCCAGCAUGUUCCCCUACCCGGGCCAGCACAACCCGCACGCGGCCGCCUUCUCCAUCGCCAGCCCCAGCCGAUACAUGGCGCACCACCCGGUCAUCGCCAACGGAGCCUACAACAGCCUGCUGUCCAACUCGGCCCCGCAGGGCUACCCGGCCGCCGGCUACCCUUACCCUCAGCAGUACGGCCCCUCGUACCAGGGCUCUCCCUUCUAUCAGUUCCCCUCGGCGCAAGCCGGGCUUGUCCCGGGAAAGGCGCAGGUCUACCUAUGCAACAGGCCGCUCUGGCUGAAGUUCCACCGGCACCAGACCGAGAUGAUCAUAACCAAGCAAGGCAGGUAAGCGGCGGCGGCGGCGCCCGGAGGAGAGCGGGAGCGGCGGGAUGGGGUGGCGAGGGCGGGAAAGAAAUGCCAGCGAGGCGCAAGGCAAAGGCGGCGGGGAGGGUGGAAGGUGGAAUAAAAGACGCAAAGGCAAAAACCAAAACAACCCCUUCGAACUCCAAGAACCUUUCCGCUGGAAGAGCUUCCUUAUCUCCAACCGACUUUCCUUCCUUCCUUUGGGGUUUGCUCAAAACUUUUCUCGUUCUUCUUUACGCACACGCCUUCUGCGUUUUUCUUUCCUUUUGGACAACGCACCGAGUACCAGGAACUCGUCGAGGAGUUCACACCAGCGGCUUUUUCUUUUUUUCUUUUUAAGGCAGAAAACAAAAAAGAAGUGACCUCCUUCUUACUUUCUUUUUUUUACCUUCGGGGCGCUUCUUAUUUUAGUACGCACCUUUUAUCGUCCAAACCUCAAUUGUUUUCUCCCUCGCUACAAAAAUCUAUUAUUAUUAUUAUUAUUAUUAUUAUUAUUAUUAUUAUUAUUGUUGUCUUCAUUCUACUUCAUUUUUAGCGGGCGCUGCGCUCCGCUGCCGCUCGUUUCCUCGCUUUCCUCUGGCGACCUGAGAAGCGGCUUGUGCCUUAGGGAGAGCGGGAGCCCGGUGGCCAGCAGUUUAGGACAGGAGCAAGACAUUUUGCAACCGGGAUCGCGCUCGACCGGUUGCAUAUUUUCCCCGUGCUCCGUCCGGAUCAGAAACAGCACGGCCUGAAAGUAAGCUCCACUGAAAUCACCGGGAUUUGUUUCCGAGCAAAUCUAUUUCGAAACAAGGGUAGCUACUAUUUAUUCAAGCCAUCGCGGUUCGGACCAGAGUCUGACUGCCUGGUGGCAACCCUGUUUCCUCGGAAGGAGGUCUCCUCCAUUUCAGCCGGCUUUACUUGGAAGCGUGCGCUUUAGCCUUGUGGCUGAAGGAGAAAUACGCAGGAAGCUGUUACUGCCUUGGGCACACGAUCCGAGAGAGGGAGAGAGAAAAGAUGACAAAUGUGCUCAUUCAAAACUGAGGUUCCGUCCCGGUCCGAUGAGGUCCGUUUAGACACUAUGGGGAAACUACAGUCUGCAGCUCCCUAAAGCGGAGAGCAAGAUCGACGCUGGCUUGGAAGAAAUCUAGUGAGAGGUGUGGUGCGUGCUAGGGCAUCCAAAUGUAUUUUUAAAAUAUUGUUAUUGUGAUUAUUUUUCCUCCAUGUAAAAUCUCUUUCCUCCCCCUCUUCCAAACAGGCGAAUGUUCCCUUUCUUAAGUUUUAACAUAUCUGGUCUGGAUCCCACGGCUCACUACAAUAUUUUUGUGGAUGUCAUCCUGGCCGAUCCAAACCACUGGAGAUUUCAAGGCGGCAAAUGGGUGCCUUGCGGCAAAGCGGACACCAAUGUACAAGGCGAGUCCUUCCCCAAUUAACACGUUCGCUCCCCCCGUCUCUCUCUUCUCCCUCUCCGCAUCCACACGCGCGCACGUAGCUUAGGUGAGAAGGCUUAAUUGGAGCCUGGCUGGACUGCCUUAGACCGAGGAAGCGACGCCAAGGAGGGCGGGUGGGGUGGGGGACCUGGAAAGCCUGGUGAGGAAAGACAGAGUGGAUUUAUUCUCUCGUGUGUGUGUGUGUGUGUGUGUGUGUGUGUAGAAUGGCUAUUUUAAUCCUUCCCCGCGUUGAGAUUUUUAAAAUCAAAUAAAGAUGAAGCGAAGGGGAGUCGCCGCGGCUCCUGAGCGCUGUCAAUUUCCACUGGGGAAUUGAAUGGAGCCAUCUGUGAAGGGCUUGGGGAGGGGGCGCAGGAAAGAGGCGCACCUCGUGUCUUGCUUUCCAAAGUGGUCUCUCUCUCUUGUUGUUUUGUUUUCAAACGUGUCCCUUCUGCCUGCCUUCAGGAAAUCGAGUUUAUAUGCACCCAGACUCCCCCAACACAGGAGCCCACUGGAUGCGCCAGGAAAUCUCCUUCGGGAAGCUGAAAUUGACUAACAAUAAAGGCGCCUCGAACAACAACGGGCAGGUCAGUUGUUGCGCCCGAGAGCCAGAGAAAAGGAGGAGGAGGAGGAAAGAGGGACUUUGAUUUCUUUUAUCCCUUUGCAACCUCGCCCCAUGCCGAUCUGCAGCUCUGACUUGGGACUGCCUUAGAACCCGAUCGACUUCUCGCUUGUGGAUCCUAAGGGAUCCCCAACACCACCUUCAUUCGCUUUCCAAUUGAGCCACCUCACCCACACCUUAAGGGCGGCGGAUCAUAGCAUCCCCGCACCUUCGCCCAGAAGCCGAGUAAGAGCUGAUCUGGUUUCAGUUUCAAAAGAACUGAGCGGAUCCACCGAGCCACCGCGAGGGAAAGGAAAAGGCAAAUAGGCGGGAUCAGGGAGAACAAAGAGGGGUAUUGGGAAAGGCGAAGGAAUCCGCGGUGGAUUUCCGAAGGUGAGCUGGGUAGGUGCGCGAAAUUACUAGUGCGAUUUUGGGGGGGGGGGGUUGAGCGGGAAAGAAAGAUUUCGGAUCAAAGCUUGCUCCUACACUGCUGGCUCCCAGACGCUGCAAGAAGGCUAUCGAUCCCCGGUGGAUCUUGCUUCCCCUUUCUUGUUCCUCUUAUUUUCCUUAAAAACAACCGCGGUCAAGCCUGGGCUCUUGUCUCCCGCACCCACCCGCUCCAACCCACCCUUUCUCUCUCUCCGCCCGCAGAUGGUGGUCUUGCAAUCCCUCCACAAGUACCAGCCCCGCUUGCACGUGGUGGAGGUGAACGAGGACGGCACGGAGGACACCAGCCAGCCCGGCAGGGUGCAAACCUUCACUUUCCCGGAGACGCAGUUUAUCGCCGUCACCGCCUACCAGAACACCGAUGUAAAGAGCUUUUCGUCUGUUCGCUCCGAAUCCCGCUCUGAAUUCGGGACAGAGGCCCGCGGCUGAGGGGUUGGCAGGAAGACAGGGAUCUCGGAGGGCGAAGUGGUGGCGUGGGUUCUCCAUAGCUGAGCUCAGUUAUUGUGUCCCUAACUCUGAAGAGCAUCUUCAGGGAUCGCAGGGCAGCCAGUUCCGCGAUUUUAAAAUAUAUAUAUUAUUUUAAAAUGCUAAAAAUCUUCCCUCAUCCCAAAGUAGGGAGAAUAAUUAGAUGUUCCAAGGAAGUAAAAUAAACAAACAAACACCAGCUUCAAAAGACCAAAAAUAGCUUUCAGCGUUUGUCACCCUGCAUUGGCCACUUGAUAAGUAUUAUGGCAAUUCUUGUAUGUACAGUUUUAAGACACAAACACACAUUUGAACUGGCUUUGCCCGUGUCUGUAUGCGUAAGAGAAAGCGGUAGGUGUCAUGUUGCUGAGGCGCUUUAGUAAACAGCUUUCUUUAGGCUGCAGUCCAACCCCCACUUCCUUGGGAUGAAGCCCCAUUGUACUCAAUGGAACUUGCUUCUGAGUAGACGCGGCUAGGAGGCCGCUGUUCGCGCGUCCACCAGCUCUGCUUGAAUGGCUCGGGUUUUUGUUUUCGUGCCAGUCUGUUGGGUCCUGGCGCUGUAAAUAAAGCACGUGGCUCGAAGUGAGCUGCCUUUGCAGCCCGAUCCUGAGCCGAAUUUACUGGGAAGUCAGUCCCCCUGAGUUCAGCGGGGCACUUGCUUAAGUGAGGGAGCCCCUAUCCGCGCGCGAAGAUAAGUCGUUUGAACGGCUGGAUCACACCGGUUGAAAAAAAGGGAAGUGUAGCGUUUCUAGGCUGAGUUGCAAAAAUAACUGCAUUUGAAAGUUAACUUAGAACAUUUUAGCCCAUCAGGGUAAUGAAAUUCAUCGGUGGGAGGAUAUGUACGCGUGUUGGCGUGUUCUGUAGUGCUGCUGAUACUAUAUUAUUACCAUUGCUAUGACUAUUAUUCCUGUUAGGGUGGCAAUCCCAGAAUGAAACAACAGAACCCCCCCCCCCGCUUUAAAUGAUGGUGGUGUUGGGUGGGAUUUAUAUUUAUUAGUAGUACUAAUCCUCAAGUGUGAAAUGUGCUAUCCAAGGAAGCACCUCUGACUCUUGCUUUCCCUCCCCUCCACAGAUCACACAGCUGAAAAUAGAUCACAACCCUUUUGCAAAAGGCUUCCGAGAUAACUAUGACACGUAAGUCAACUGUGGACUUGAGUCUUUUUAUUGUCUGCUGGCUAGUAGUAGGGAAAUGUUUAGAUCGGGGUAGCCUUCUUCACCUCCCUUGAAAAGAACGGCUCCGAUAAAUGUUCGUUGCCUUUUUCCGGCUUCCCCAAAGAGGAACUAACCCUGGGCUCCUGGAAUCCACUCCGUUUCUCUCCCCCUCCCCUUUGGCGAGGCUGCUGUAUAACUAGGACUUUGGGAGUCUUCCGCACCCCUAGCAGGCGCUGGCAGAGUAGGUCGUGCGAAUGAUGCUCCCAGAAGUGCGCGCAGGUGGGCACACGCAGUUUGGUCGUCCAGCUCAUAUUUUGGUGCAUGACGAAGCGGGGGGGGGGAGGAGUAGGGAGUGCAGGCUCAUCUCCUUUGCUUACCCGAUUCCCAAUUGUAACAGUUGCACUUUUGGAGGCGUGACUUCAGUUCUGUGGGUUUACUCGCAGGAGGGUGCGCUGUGCCUAUUGACACAAGACUUGUGAAAGAAGGGGCAGGUUACUUGUGCGAAGAAAUGGCUCUUUAAACGACCCCGAGUGCUUUGGGUUAGAAAUAAAUAUUGAUCUAACUACCUUCGUAUCCCGCUCUUCCUCCAAUCACACAACAACCUUGUGAGGCAGGUUAGGCAAGGAGAUCACGAUCUUAGGGAAUUCACCGGCUCUGCGUGAUCCUAAAGUUUCACUUGAGCCAAAUGCAGUGAUCGCAAGCUUCCUUUCCACAGAAUAAGUCAGUCAAAUGGGAUUUACUUGGAAUCGAAGUAAACGCGCUUGCAGGCGCGCUUUUAAAACCCGAAAAGUUGUCACCUGUCUUUAAAACAACACCCCCAUCCUCUGACACUUCUUGGAUUUUGCUGUCUAAAACAGCUGACUGUAGUCAUUGCUUUGAGAUUUGGCUGAUAGCGGAGUGCCCCUUGUACAGACAAAUUGGUCAGGUGUGCGACGUAUUCAUUUCCAAACAAAAGGAGAGGAUAAGGAAAGUUCGGCAGACCCAGUACUAGAAUUUUAUCUAAUCAGAAGUUUGCCAAGCAAGACGGUCCCUACUCCCCCCACCCCCACCUAACUACAAGUCAAAGGAAAAGGAGUGUUAACAAAAGCGAAAGAAGAAAUGGCUACCAAAUAGGUGAUGCGCUUAGCCAGGCUUUCGAGUUAUCCAGAAUUUCUCAGCCGGCGGCCCUGAAGAGUAGCUUUAGGUGCGCCUGUUCCCACAGGGACAAAGGCUGUCCCCGGGAGAAGACCUUCGGCUGAUGUUUGCUUGUCUCUCUUCCUAGAGCCACCAAUUAUCCCCAGUUUUGCCUCAAAUUGUGAGAUGUGCUUUUUUAGACUUUUCGCAAAACUGUCGGUGAUUUCCCAGGCGCCCUGAUUUCACCUCUAGGCUUCGCAUCAGCGAAAUCGAUUUUAGAAACAACCUGACUCUUUGCUGCUUCCUGUGACCCCCUCCUCCCCUCUCCAAAAACAGCACCCCCCUUCCUCAAGAUCCUGACUCAUCCUCGACCUUCCUCCUCUGUCGGGAAGACACCAACCACACGCAGAUCUGUGGACUGGUGUUGGUAAAGGGGGCAAUGUUGCGAGAGGGGCUGCCAUCGCCAUUAGACCCUUGGGAAAGGAAAAGCACCAUCUGUGCUGGGAGAAGGCCGUCUGGGGCUGAUGCUGGAGACCCAAGAGGACCCCGUAAGGCCAGCAGCGCAGCCCCAUGUGCGCGCGCGUGCGUGUUACUCGGGAGUAAUUCCCGCUGUGCGCAGUGGGGUUUCUCCCAGGUAAACGCGCAGAGGAUGGCAGGCUGAUGGAGGCUAGUCACCAGGUGGCCCCGAGGUCCUCAGGGCUGUAGAGGAAAAAGUAUGCUGACCCUGCCUGUGUUCCCUGGGCCUGGCUUUUGGAAAGGUUUACCCAGCCUUCCAGACGUGUGUUGGAGAAACGUGCCUUGUCUGGGGCCUGAAGGGACUCUUUCCUCGGCUUCUUCGUCCUGCUUCAGUGGCGAUUUAGAAGCAACCUUUUUAGCUCGCAAUCCACAAACAGCUUCCAAGAGGGCGUGCAAAUCCGGAUGGGUAAAGUCAAUGGGGGAGCUAGCACAGGGCAAGCAACACUGAAGUCACUCUCCAAGGUACUGAAAUUUGUUGGAAACAGAUGCUGCAUCGCUCCUUUCUGGGCGGAGCAGGAAGUUCCCUAAAGCCCAAAUCUGACCUAGAAUGUACAAACAGUUCCCUACAUAUGAUGAAGGGUAUUUGCCACUAAAGGCUUUAUUUCCCCUUCCUCCAGGCGCGCAAUAGCAAUUUCCCGCAGCGGCAGGGGACAACUAUCCCUUAACGCGCUCCAACCACCCUGCUCUCUCCUCUCCUCCAGCUUACAAUGCAGGAUUUAUUUCGAAAGUUCCUAGAGAUUUAAAUCCAUGCGUAAUGUAAACAGCCUCGACCGCAAAGUCAUCCAAAGAAACAGGUGGCAAGUUAGCAAGAGUUAAUCAGUGCGGGCCCUUCCCUCAAUUACGGCGACAGAGUCGUGCACAAAGCCAUCAUACAGGCGCAACAGCACCGCGCGGAACUCGGUUCUUGCUGGCUUCCCGCGCUAUAGAUCUCCUCGUUUUCCGUUGCGCGGCGAUCCACCGUUUCUUAUUAGCAACCUCGGGAAGAGAAUAAAAGGGUGUGAUCGUGUGCCUGCCCCCUCAGAUGAUCGGAGCGGUUGCAAUUGAACGCCGCCUGGCUGGUCUCUGCUCGCACAGCCGCUGGCGCUUAGCUCGUUAAGCAGCCUAUUCAGGGAACCGCUCAGAGGCUGCCUCGCCUGCUGUUUGCUACAAAUGGCCCUGGAGUACCUGUUGCGUGUAUUUGGACCUGCGUCGAUUUACCCCACUGGCAGGCUUAUUCUUGCAGGACGGGUGGGGUGCCUUGUUUAAAAUAAAAUGAAAAACCGGCCUUAACCUUUUGCACGCUGUUGGUUUCCUUUUUAUGGUAAUAAAUAAAUCUGGCCAGGGGGAAAAAAAAGCCCAGUCUAGUUCUCCCCACCCCACCCGCCCUCUUUAAAAAAGGACGCCUUUUAAAACAAAAGUCGUACGUGUACUUUAGUGAAUCUGACGUAAUCCAAUGUUUCCUUGUCUGGGUUAGUUAUCAAGCAGACGAGGACUCAGUUGAUUGGAUUCUGGGCUCCAAGCCAGGCAGCGAUCCUCUUCCUCUCUGGAUCUCCAGGUGCGCUGCCUUGUCUGAAGCUCUAGGCUUCUCCUUAUCCACGGGGCUCCGUUGAUUUAAGGGGUUAGGAAUGCUGCCUUUUCGUGGGGUGGUUCCAGGUUAUUUUAAGGGUUCUGGGUCCCUUGGGUUUUGUUUAGUUUCUUGGAUCCAAGGGGCAGAAAUGUAGACUUCCCUUGUGCUAGUUUCUCUCCGCGAAAUAACCCCACUGGAUCCCCUCUCCCAAGCAUUUGACUGUCCAGUGAAGUUGCUGGAUCCAGUGAAGUUGCAGGGAUGUCCUGAAACACCGUUUUCUGGAAAGGGAGAUUCCUUGCACUGUAUAAAAUUGUGGUGUUUUGCAGUAAAAAAUUACCCUUAAGAGUAAUCUGGUCACGUCACUUAUCUAGUCCCUUCUGACCCUGCAGUUUUCAGCACUGACUCUUCCUGGGCUCGUCUGUCCAGCUGUUGCUUACUGCAAUCCUCAGAACUAAGUCCCGUUGAGCUUCAGGUUCUCGAAUCAAAUGUUUUUGGAUUGUUCAUUUCAUGAAUCCUCUGUAUUAUGACUAUAAUAGAAUAGAAAAACAGGUGCUUUCUUAGAGCUCGUGUAGUCGAUUCCUCCUUAAUCUCCUGGACCUCCCAAUAAUCUAGCUCUACCACGGGCGAAUGGUUAUAGAACUAUUGCCCCUGGAUACAUCCUGAGGUUUAAUCUCUGGUCUCCUUGAUUCCCAAGGACACAUAUUUUGUUCUGCCGAUACCUCGCUCAGAGCCUUAGACUUGUCAAGAGUCUAGAGACAAGAGGGCCUUAUCCAAGCUCCUGAAGAUAUUGCAGUCUUACUCUCCCUUAUUUGUGGUCCUUAUUUGCGUAGGACAGCCACUUCCAGAUGCUUUGGGCUACAACUCUCAUCAGCCUUAGGUUGAGCAAGGCUACCCUAGGAAUUAUAGCGGUGAACUCCCCCAUCCUUCCCAAGACCCUCCUGUUAUCUGCAGCCCAACCAUCAUUUACAGGGAAUUUGGGGAGUGGGGACCCAAUCAUUCCAAGAUCUGUUCAUUUUAUUUAUUUCUUUUUGGAACCUAACGGUUCUUAACUGGCCCGAAUUCUUCAUUUUAGAACAGAGUCUGGUGUUUGACUUUUAUAACUUAAGAAGGCUCCUGAGCUGCAGCCCCACAUAUUUUUCUCUCUCCUUUUAAAGCCAGAUGGGAAGAAAUGAGCGUUACCCCCCAUUUACUGCUGUGGGACAGAGGUUGAUUGUCCUCCCCUUGUUAAAAGGGAGGAGAGUGGCAACCCUAGCACAAAGCCCGCCUAGGAAGUCAGGUUGUCACCUAGCUGCUCUUCUCCUUUAUGUGCGUGGUGGGGGUGUGGCUGCAGAGAAACUUGACGCAUGCUCAGAUGCCUUGACGACUUGAUUUAGGAGAUUAACUUAAUCCAGGGAUUGGAAACCUGUGACACCCCCCCCCCCCAAUUUUCAUCAGUGCUGACCAAUGGCCACGCUGGCUGGGACUGAUAGGAAUUGGGAGUCUUGGAGCACCUGAAGGGCUGCUACCUCCCUAACUACAGGAGGGACACUAGAAUCCCAUUGGUCGAACACUAGUCAUGCAUACGAUGCUGAUCAUUAAGACUUCAGAGAGGCGUGCACACGACCCCCCCCCCUUUAACCACCACAAUCCUGUGAGGUAGGCCUGAGGUGCCACGACAGGAAUAGGAGUCAACGCCUAGGAGCUGAGGGGUCUUCACCCCCCCAAAAAAAUAUUUGAGGGGGCCACUUCCCCAAAAUUGAUGGACAUUGCCAUUUAAAUGCUGUGCAUGCACCAUGUUCACAUGAUCGAUUAUGCAGGGCCCUCAAUAUUUUAUUCAAGUUGGUACCCCUGACGAAAGUAACGCCCAAUGAGUUGAGCAAGGAUUUGAGGCCCGAAGCGGCUCUCUUGACGUUGUUUUUUUGGGGAGGGAGGCGGUUAAAGGGCGGCCAAGUUGCUCUGCGUCCUCUCUCCCGCCGACUGACCAGUCACCCACACGUCUCCCUUCCUCCUUCCCGCUCUCCCCUUCCCCUCAGGAUCUACACGGGCUGCGACAUGGACCGCCUGACCCCGUCGCCCAACGACUCCCCUCGCUCGCAGAUCGUGCCGGGCGCCCGCUACGCCAUGGCGGCCGCGGCGGCCGGCUCUUUCCUGCAGGACCAGUUCGUCAGCAACUACGCCAAGUCCCGCGGCUUCCACCACCACCACCAUCACCACCCGGGGGCCGGCGCGGGAGCCGGCGUGGGCCCCGGAGGGCCGGUUCCGGAGCGGGGGGUGCCUCACCCCAACGGGCUGCUGUCCCCUCAGCAAGCCGAGGAGCCCGGCGCUCCCUCCCCUCAGCGUUGGUUCGUCACGCCCGCCAACAACAGGCUGGACUUCGCCGCCGCAGCGGCAGCCUCGGCCUACGAUCCGGCGGGCGAUUUGGCGGGAAACGCCGCCACCCUGUUGUCCUACGCGGCGGCCGGAGUCAAGGCGCUCCCGCUGCAGGCCGCCGGCUGCACCGCGCGGCCCCUCAGCUACUACCCGGACCCGUCGGGCUGGGGAGCGCGCAGCCCGCCUCAGUAUUGCGCCAAGGCCUUGUCGUGCUGGCCCAACGGCGGCGGAGGCGGAGGGAGCAGCUCCCGCGCGGGGGGCAACCCCUAUUUGCCCACAGGGGCCGGCGGCGGCGGCGAGGAGCCUGACAGCCUGGCUCCCCCCGAGCGCUCCCCCUUGGUGGCGCCUCCGCCGCCUCCCCCCUCGGCCGGGCAGCCCCCCGAGGACUCGAAGCCCCCGAAGGACUUGUCCGACUCGAGCUGGAUCGAGACGCCGUCGUCCAUCAAGUCCAUCGAUUCGACCGACUCUGGGAUUUACGAGCAGGCCAAACGCCGGCGGCUCUCCCCGGCGGGCACGCCGGCUUCCGAGAGCUCCUCGCCGCUCAAGAGCGAGCCCGCCCUGGCGCCCAGGGACUGCGACAAGACCUGCGCCAAGGACAUCGGCUACUACGGCUUCUACUCGCACAGCUAG